GAGAGAUAGAGAGAUUACUUUAAGGGUUUGUUAGCCUAGACGUUGCAUCAAUCGCUGGUAGACAGACCUCUCUUUCCAAACCUUCCCUAGCCCUUUCCCUCUCUAACGGAAAUAAACCCCUCCUUAUAUUCUCCUUUCUCUUCCUGUUUUCUCAUCUUCUUCUUGCUUUGCCCUCCACAAGCCCUUUUACUCUCUACCCACUCCAACCCAUAUCAGUUGUUCUUUAAUUUAUUUGGAUUCUUGAACUAACUGGCUUGCUAGGGUUUUUCCUCUAUUGUUGUUUUAUUUGGAUAUAUAUUCUUUGGUCUUCCUUGUAUUGUAAAAAUCAUCAGAUGUGUACCAGAGGUCAUUGGAGGCCGGCUGAAGAUGAGAAGCUUAGGAAGUUGGUCGAACACUAUGGUCCUCAUAACUGGAACGCCAUAGCUGAAAAGCUUCAAGGAAGAUCAGGGAAGAGCUGUAGGUUGAGAUGGUUUAAUCAGCUGGAUCCAAGAAUCAAUAGAAGCCCUUUUACAGAAGAGGAAGAAGAAAGGCUUCUCGCAUCUCAUAGGAUUCAUGGGAAUAGAUGGGCUGUUAUUGCAAGGCUUUUCCCUGGUCGAACAGAUAAUGCUGUGAAGAACCAUUGGCAUGUUAUUAUGGCAAGAAAAUGCAGGGAAAGAUCCAGGCUUCAAGCUAAAAUAGCUGCUCAAACUUUAGUUAACGACCAAAACCAUUGCUCUUCCUCCAAACAUGAUCGUGUGUUGUUCAAUUCCCAAACUACCAAUCUUGCCUCAUUUGUCGGUAAAUACUGCAGUAGAUACUAUAAUCAGCAUACUUUUCCUCGCAACUAUCUUCGAUCCUUUUGCCAAAGCAAUGAGAAUCCCAGUCACCUUGAAGGUAAAAAACAGGCUUUUGAGUUUUAUGAUUUUCUCCAAGUGAAAACAGACUCUAGUAGAAGUGAAGUGAUAGACAUUGCAAGAAGGGAUGAUGAGGAGGUAAAUCAAGAAGCCAUGGAACAGCAGAUAAAGGCUGGUUUGCAAUUCAUUGAUUUUUUAUCAGUUGGGAACUCAUCUUAGUUCAAGUGUCUGAUGAUGAUGAAGAUGAUGAAUUGACUUUAGAUA